ACCAAAGCAGGUGCCUCCAUCCAACUUGCCCGAAAAGCGUCUCCUCGAACACCCCAGCAACAUUCGACCAGACAAGCUUUUCUCUUGCUACCUACCUACCUAGGUACACCUUGAGGGAACUUCCUGGACUCUGACUUCGAUCUAUACCGCUCUCCAUCCAACGACCAAAUUCACACGGUUCUUGUCACAAUAUUCGUAUCACACUUCACGGCAACUUCAACUCUAUCGAACGCAUUAUCAACCCCCGCGGAAUCACUAGCGAGUCAUGGCCGACGUGGACAUGACGGACGCUCCCGUCCAGGCAGUCGCUACGAAGAAAUCCAGUGGCUCAGAGGGUAAAGCCACCGAUGGAAAGAAGCGCUUUGAGGUCAAAAAGUGGAAUGCUGUUGCGUUGUGGGCUUGGGAUAUUGUUGUCGACAACUGCGCCAUCUGCAGAAACCACAUUAUGGAUCUUUGUAUCGAGUGCCAGGCCAACCAGGCCUCGGCGAUUAGUGAGGAGUGUACGGUGGCUUGGGGGAUAUGCAACCACGCAUUCCACUUCCAUUGCAUAUCGCGAUGGCUCAAGACUCGACAAGUAUGUCCUCUGGACAAUCGUGACUGGGAAUUUCAAAAGUAUGGCCGUUAAGGAGAGACGGGGAUUUGCCCAAGGGCCCGUCGGCGGGAAGCACGCAGGCAGGGAACGUACAUCCGAUGGGGCGGCGGCAACAAUGGGAGGUGGAAACAACGAGGGCUGAAGAGCAUGAUAUCAUGGACCAACAGCCAGCACGAAUAGCGCUUCUGACACCACGGAACUCGCGUACUUUGAUAUGAACCAUUGUCAUCAUCUCAUCCAUUUUACUCCCG